AUGUCAGAUACGCCUGUGUUAUCCUACAAAAAGCCUUCAUCGGCCUCGAGCCGACAACAGUCAUCUACUCCAUCACAUCCGUCGUCACCUUUACCCAAAAGUCAGUUUGAAUCCCCCCGUAUUUCGUCAGCAACAACAUCUCGCCAAGUUCUGUCAAGAAGGAAAGCAUUGCAAGAUUUUUAUAAUAUUCAUCACCAAGAAUCACAAGACACAAAUAUAGAAGAGCUGAUAUCUUCCUCAGAGACAACGAAUAAUGUUAAUUUUAAUGAUCCUGAACAAUUAUUGAAGUUUAUGAAAAGUACACCAGUCGAGGAAAUACUCAAAUUACGAAAUUCUAUAACAAAUAAACUAAAUUCACACGAUCUGGCUAAGAAGUCUAUUAUAUAUGAUAAUUACUACGAAUUGAUUAAAUUGAGCCAAAUAUUGGGUGAUUUAUCAAAGCCUAAACCUGUGGCCAAAGAGAAUACAUUGGAUGGGCUUGGAAUUUUCACUAAUCCCCCUAACGAACUUAAAACUAAAACAAAAGAGAUAAAUGACCAUGACCUUGAUAGUAUAUUCACAGACCUAUCAAAGUUUAUAAAUGAGGACGUACAACAGUUUAACACCGAAUUUGAAACGGUUGUUAAAAGUUUGCAGAAGGAUUUCGAUAAUGACGAUAACGAUUCUGCCUCCAGUAUGAAAGGUAUAGCUGAAAACUCAGAAAAAGACAAAUUUCCUGAAAGUAUAAAUAAACAACAAUUGGUCAAGGAAGUAAACCUAUUACUAGAUGAAGAUCCUAAGAAUGUUAAACAAGAAUCAAAGAACAAGAUCUUGAAUGAUAUUCAAGAUAUCUUGAAAUCUUUAAACGUACAUCAUGAUGAAUUAUUAAUCCUUCAACUAAAUAAAUUAAAGUCAAAAUUUACGUAG